AUGCUGUUUCACGAAUUUUUCGAAAUUUUCACAAAAAUUCCUAUUUUCAUCACCACGGCCACAAACGUUCUAUUAAUUUAUCUUACAUUAUGUAAAGUUAAGCAUAUCGUAGGCACAUAUAAAUAUAUGAUUGUAGUGUACCCCGUAUUAGGACUUGCUUUUUCAGUUUGUGAUCAUUUCGCAAAACCAUUCCUACAUAGCUAUAAUGGAUCCUUAUUAUACUUUAGUUAUGGUGAUGGUUGGUUUGAAACUUCUCAAGCUUUUCGUCAGGCACUUGUUUUAUAUGCCGGAUUUUAUAUUAUUAUGAUAGCUUUUGCCGCUGUGCAAUUUGUAUACCGUUAUUUGGCAUUGGUAAAACCAGAUUUGACCAAAUGGUUCAAAAAUGUUUGGAUUAUUCUGUGGAUUUCGUAUCCCAUUUUCUAUGGAAUCGUAAAUUCACCUUCAAUUCUGUAUUUGACGUCACCAGAUGACUUUGCAGACGAUUAUUUGCGAACCGAAAUCUUCAAUGAAUACGAACUGAACAUCGAAAACGUUGCACGGUUUGUAAUGAUUCCGUUCAACCUGGACGGAAGUUUGAGAGUAAAAAACACCAUCUACCUACUCACUGUCACUUUUUUCAUCGCUAUUCAGUACCUCAUAAUUAUUUAUUGCGGAGUUCGAAUGCAUCUUCAAAUGAACAAGGAGCUUCUCAAGUUUUCAGUGCCCAAUCGAAAACUUCAGAGGCAAUUUUUCAAAGCUCUUGUCGUUCAAAUCAUUGUCCCCGCUAUUUUAUUCGUGCUUCCCGCCGUUCCAUUUAUCAUAUUCCCGUUUUUCGACAUCAAGUUCACACUUAAGUCUGGAGUUGUUUGUGCUCUGGUUGCAAUAUAUCCACCUAUCGAAAGUAUAUCCUUUAUGUAUAUUGUAUCGGAAUACAGAAAAAUUAUCAGCAGCACAAUUUUUUGCUGCCACUAG